AUGCCAAUGCCAAUGAUGCAAACCCCCGGCCCGCGUCCUUUUACCAACCCCGACGCCCACCUUCCCAUCCCUUCUGAAAACUACUUCCCCCUCACCGAAAGCAGCAGCGCGGAUCAAGGCAAGACGACGUGGGAGGAUAUGGCGGCGCAGCAAGCGGCGAGGAAGAAGAAGAGGCUGUGGAUUAUAGCAGGAGUCCUUCUGGCUGUAGCGGCGGUGGCGGCAAUCGUCAUUGGUGUCGUUGUGAGCCAGACCAACCAGAGCAGUGACAACGAUGGGAGUACCAACUCGGGCAGUAAUGGCACGUUGACCAUUGGGGAUGAUGCGAGUGUUUUCGAAAAGGAUAGCAGGCUGCAUCAAAGCUUUUGGGGGUUUGCUUAUACGCCUCAGAGUGUGCUGCUUCCGUGGUGUGGUGCUAUUCAGUCGAAUGUUACCCGAGAUAUCCAGCUCCUCUCUCAGAUCACUUCGCGUAUCCGUCUCUACGGCGCCAACUGUAACCAAACCGCCAUGGUUCUCCAAGCUAUCCACGAUACAAAGGUCAACAUGACAGUGUGGCCUGCUAUCUGCAAGUACCCUACGGCCUACGACGACCAAGUCACUUCACUCACCGACGCCCUCAAAACUUACGGCACCGACCACAUCUCUGGCGUCACAGUGGGUAACGAAUACAUCCUCAACACCGCCGGAACCGACUCCACCACCUCCUCCACCUACCUCUCUGCCGUCAGCACCAUCACCGACAAGAUCGCUAAAGUUGAUAGCACGAUCCAAGGGCUGGGGCUGGACAAGGUGUUGCCGGUGGGGACGUCGGAUGCGGGGAGUAUUAUGAGUAAGAAGCUUGGAGAGGGGGUUGAUUACUUUAUGGCCAACGUCCAUCCAUAUUUUGGUUCCCUAGCAAUCGACGACGCAGCAGCAUGGACGACCUCCUUCUUUGAGGAAUACGACGUUGACGUAGCUGCCGAAGCGUCCAACAAGCCUGCUACCUACAUUGCAGAGACGGGCUGGCCGACGGGGAGCGAUGAUGAGGAGGAUAGUAAUAGUGGGGCGGGGAGUCCGCAGGGGGAUGCUAGUGUUGCGAAUUUGCAGACGUUUUUGGAUACGUUUGUGUGUCAGGCGAAUAACAAUGGUACCGAAUAUUUCUAUUUCGAAGCCUUCGACGAACCUUGGAAAGCGCAAGUCAACACCCAUAUCUCUUUACCGCGCCCCUUUUUGACAAAAGAGAUGGAUAGACUGGAGCUGAUGCGAUGA